AGCUCCCUCCCCCAACCCAGCGCGCGCCUCACGUUCCAUGGGUCCCCGGUUAUUGAUAACACAAUUUGCCCGCUGGGAUUCGUUCUGAUAUCGUGAACUCGUGGGAAGAUACUUUCACGCAAUAAAACGACAGACAGACCGGAGAGGAAAAACGACGAUUGUUCUUUAUUAUCGCAUGUAGAAAGCUGAACCCACCCCUUGACAACGCGACAUCAACCGGGCAGAAAGGCCUCCCCCUCUCCCUUUCUUGUCCCAUCCAUUCUCGGCCACCGUGUUGCGGGACCCCCCGAUGAGUGGGACCUGCCUCCAUGAGCCCCGCGCCCCCUCCCCCUCCCUCUCAGGCUUCAGCACCCCCAUUUCAGAGCCCCCCUUCCGCAGGCUGGAUGCGGACACCCCCGCCUGCACGCCGGAGACUGACCUGACCCCCACCCAGUGCGUCCUCCGCAACGUACUGUCUAUAGACACCGGAGGGGCGCCUGGGGUGCCGGGCGGGGUCGACGGCUGUCCUCACACCUGUGGAAGCAGCCCCACCCCUAGCGACGGCCCCCCGGCCCACUUUGACAACAGCGUGCUAAAGUUGUACGAGCAUGAGGCUUGCCAGUGUGGAGGCGGGGCGGAGGCGGGUCUAAGCUCAGAGGCCGGGGCCGUCCGCAGCCAAUCAGACAACAUCCGGAUGCAGCAGGGGAGCGGAGGGUUUUUGGAGGGACUGUUUGGCUGCCUCAAACCUGUCUGGACCAUGAUCGGAAAAGCGUACUCCACCGAACACAAACACAACCAGGAAGGUGCGUGGAAAUCCUGGGAGGUUCCAUUUGAGGAGAUCUCCGACCUGCAGUGGGUUGGCAGCGGGGCGCAGGGCGCCGUCUUUCUGGGGAAGUUUCACGGAGAGGACGUGGCUGUCAAGAAAGUACGGGACAUCAAGGAGACGGAGAUCAAGCACCUACGCAAGCUCAAGCACCCCAAUAUCAUCACUUUCAAAGGUAUUUGCACCCAGGCUCCAUGCUACUGUAUCCUGAUGGAGUACUGCGCGCAGGGUCAACUAUACGAGGUGCUGAGGGCGGGCAGGAAGAUCAUCCCUUCCCUGCUCAUUGACUGGGCCAUGGGCAUCGCAGGGGGCAUGAACUACCUCCACCUCCACAAGAUCAUCCACAGAGACCUCAAGUCCCCCAAUAUGCUGAUUACCCACGAUGACCUUGUGAAGAUCUCGGACUUCGGCACCUCCAAGGAGCUCAUCGAUAAGAGUAUGAAGAUGUCGUUCGCUGGUACGGUGGCCUGGAUGGCCCCAGAGGUCAUUCGGAAUGAACCCGUGUCAGAGAAGGUUGACAUCUGGUCCUUUGGUGUGGUGCUGUGGGAGAUGCUGACUGGUGAGGUUCCCUAUAAGGAUGUGGAUUCCUCCGCCAUCAUCUGGGGUGUGGGCAACAACAGCCUGAACCUUCCAAUCCCAGAGAGCUGCCCUGAUGGCUUUAAAAUCCUCCUGAAGCAGUGCUGGAACUGUAAACCCAGAAAUAGACCGUCUUUCCGUCAGAUCCUCCUCCAUCUGGAUAUAGCGUCAGCCGAUGUGCUCUCCACCCCGCAGGAGACGUACUUCAAGUCUCAGGCUGAGUGGCGAGAGGAGGUGAAGCAGCACUUUGAAAAGAUUAAGUCAGAGGGCACCUGUCUGCACCGCCUGGAUGAGGAACUGAUCAACCGUCGCCGAGAGGAGCUCCGGCACGCUCUGGACAUCCGUGAGCACUAUGAGAGGAAACUGGAGAGGGCCAACAACCUUUACAUGGAACUCAACGCUGUGAUGCUACAGCUGGAGCUCAAAGAGAAAGAGCUGCAGAAGCGAGAGCAGUCUUUAGAUAAGAAGUAUCCGGGCUUGUUCAAGCACCACGCUUCCAGGCAGUCUAGCUCCUCCCACUCCAUGGACAAACUGAUCAAGAAAAGAAACGUCCCACAGAAACUGCCCUCUGGAAAGAGGCCAGACAUCCUUAAGUCGGAGGUGAUCAUUCCCAAGAUAGAUUCCUCCAUGAUGCAGGUUACUAUUCCCUCCUGCCCCAAUAGGGGCUCCACGUCCCCCAACCGCUCACGGAGGGUCAAGACCCGCCACCGCAAACCUGGCAAGGGCAGCAGUGGAGACCUGUCCAGCCUGAAAGCCAGUCAACCCUCUCCUGAGAGAGAGGACCCUGCCCAGCCAAACGGCUCCAGCACGGGCCCCGCUAAGCAGCUCCUGGACACAAACGCGGCUUUGAAGGCCCUGGGUCAGGAGCAACAGCAAAGGCAGUUGUCAUCCUCCAGCCCGGACCUGAUCUGCACCACACUGGAAGUCGAGUGUCAGGGCAAAGGAGAGCCACCCGCUGGGGGACUUGAAAGGGGCGGCAGCUUGAGUGCCUCCGCAGGCCUCGGUGGUCCGGAGGUGGGACCGACAGGUCUGGAGGACCUCACGGAGACGCCGCCGCGAAGCGACACGCCCAGCGAGGAUGCUGCCUCGUUCCCGUUCUCUAGCAGCCCAGACUCGCCGUGCGGGAGGGGGGCGGCUGCUGGGAGGGGGUCUGUGCCAGGAGCCCCACGCCUACCCCACGAUGGGGACGAUAAGGAAGAGGGAGUGAGCGGUGUGAGGUUACCACGGGGAGGGUCAGGACACCUCACCCCCUCUGCUAUCCUGUACAGGGCAGCCAUUGCACGCAAACAAAGGCGAGGUGUGUCUUCAGAGGAGGAGGAGGGGGAGGUUGACAGCGAAGUGGAGUUGCCACGGAGACGACGUCCGACCAGCAUCACCAAGUGCCAGUCAGUGUCCACGUUCAGCUCAGAGAACCUGUCUGUGUCGGAUGGCGAGGAGGGUCACACCACCGACCACUCCCACAGUGGAACGCCGGAUGUCGUCAGCACCAACACGGACGACCGCCUGGACGACCGCAGCGAUGACCUCCUGUCGCAGGGUUCCGAGAUCCCGGCAGACAACACGGACCCGGCGCAGGCCUCAGACGGCUUGUGCGAGAGGGAGGGAGCUCUGGGCCAGGUCAAAGCCUUGCUGGACGCCUCGCAGAAUCUUAAUGAGAGCCGGGCCCUUUGCGAUGACUCAGACUGUGACAGCGCUGAGCUGGACCAGUCAGGAAGCGGGGAGCCCAGUCGUCCACCCAGUGCUGGGGCCUGGGCUCCUCCAUCAGGGUACCAUUGUGGGCCCCAACACGGGCCUCCGUAGAGCCAACACCCUGGAAACCAUAGAACUACAGCUACCUUACAGUAAAGGACCAUCACAGAGCCUACCUACCUACGCCAGUCUCUAAAGCAGGACUUCACUGAAUGUGAUGAAAGGGGUCAAAUCAACUAAGCUCAGGCUAUGACAAAUUAACUACUAGUGUCUCAUGCAGCAAUAUGGUUUGUUAGUUAGCAAGCCUUCAUAAGACAACCCAGGUGAUUUGUUAUAAACUGACUGCAGUUGCAAUGACAUCCUGUGAUAUUGGACUUGAUGUUUAGAUUAUUUUAUAGAGGGAUUAGGUAAAGUGUUAAUACAGGUACUUUUAGCCACUUCUCCAGUUCAGCAAAAAAAAAAAAAAACGACAACUUUGGUAUCUUGCCAACUGGUACUUUGCCAUCACAGCUCUUGGAGGAGCCUAAUGUCCAACUCACUAAUUUCUCCCAUGCAAAUUAAUAUAAUAAUGUAGAUAUCCACAUAUCACAUUACAAAAAUCUAAAAUUUAUUUUACGUGUAAGAUAAGAACUGAUGUAAAAAAAUAAUAAUAAUAGCAUUUUAAAAAAGCAGAAUGCAGCCCAAUGAACAAAUGCAUGACUACACAUUAAGUUUUGGAUGUGUCCGUUUUAUAUUUUGUGAGAUGGUUUACACUUUUUUACCCUGGAAGUAUUAUUUCCAUAGCAAUUUUUGUUAUUGAUGUUGGCACUUAAGAAAGGUUAUGAUGUCAAAGGGGAAUGUCUCACUGAAAUGUUUUAACCCUUUCGUGGAUAGGUCACUCAGCUGGUAAUGUUUAAGUCAUACUUUUAUCUUAACUCUCGUAGCACUGAGUUUUGAAUACACAUCCCUUUAAGAGAUAGCCAGAACAAAGGUGGUCGUAGUGGAAUAGCAAGUAUCCAUGAAAUAUCCAUAGAGGUUUUGUUUUUAUACAGCAUUGCACAUUGGAACUGUAAUAUAAGAAUUAUCAAAAUCAAAAUAUUAUGAGCAAGAAUAAAACAUUUAACAAAACAA